UUCAAACGUUACAACACACCGCUACAAAAAUACACUCAACUUGUCGAAACACAGUGGAAGUUUGAGCUUAAAUCUCAAAUUUAACCGCAUUAUUAAUUUUAAACCGGAAGCAUAAUCAUUUAAUCAUGCCUGUCGUGUUGGCGAUAAUAACAGCUGCUGUAACAGCAUAUGUACUUAUUUACUAUAACGUGUUUAGAGGAGGCGCGUGCAGGAGUACAGUCAGGUUGGACGGGAGGACAGCUGUAGUCACAGGUGCUAACACUGGCAUUGGAAAGGCUACAGCUUUGGAUUUGGCCAGGCGAGGUGCCAGGGUUAUUCUGGCCUGCAGAAACAAGGAGAAAGCUGAGGCAGCUGUGUAUGACAUCAGAAAGGAAACUGGUAACUCAGCUGUGCUGUUUAUGCACCUGGACCUGGCCAGUCUUAAGUCUGUGCGUGAUUUUGCUGACACAUUUCUUAAGACCGAGCCCAGGCUGGACCUGCUUAUCAACAAUGCAGGACUGAUUGCAGGAGGCAGAACUGAAGAUGGCUUUGGCAUGGUGUUUGGAGUUAACCACCUAGGCCACUUUCUUCUGACACUGCUGCUGCUUGAUCGGCUAAAGGCAUCAGGGCAGAGUCGAAUCAUCAAUGUGUCAGCCUUGCUGCAUCGCCUGGGCUCUGUGGACUUCAACAUUCUCAACACCCACAAGGAUUUGGUGACAGGACAGUCACUGUGGCACUGCUUCAUGGCGUACUGCCAUAGCAAACUCUGUAAUGUGCUGUUUACCCGAGAGCUGGCCAACCGUCUAGAGGGGAGCAGUGUGACCUGCUAUAGCCUGCAUCCUGGAGUCGUAGCUACGGAAUUUUGCCGCAAUGUGAAUAUUUGGCUGAGGCUCCCGAUGCUCAUCUUCUCCAAGCUCUUCUUUCUGACCCCAGAGGGCGGAGCUCAGACCACACUCCACUGUGCCCUUCAGGAGGGCUUAGAGCCUCUGAGUGGCCGAUACUUCUCCUCUUGCGCUCUAAGCGAAGUCAGUGACAUGGCUCGAGAUGAUGGGCUGGCCAAAAAGCUGUGGGAAGUGAGCGAGACGAUGUGUGGCCUGUCAUGAGAGAGAGGCAAAAAAAAGGUCAGGAGAAGAAAUGGUGCUAAAUUUUUUGUGAAAAACGUGUCCCAGUGAUUUACUAAAUGACCGCUGAGUGCUCAGGUGCCAGGGCAGUGAUAUUGUGUGAUCAUGUACCGUACACUACAUUGACACCGGUCGGUCAAAGGAAGCUAUAACAUUAACUGCUCUUGUUAUAUUCCAUUUUAUAGUGUGAAACAUUUGGAGCUUAGCUUAUUAUUUUUUCUUUCCAUAAACAGGAUAAGAAAAAUGUCAUAACAUUGUAACUCUCAUGUACUAUAACAGUGCUAACUUUAUAAAUAAAGUUUUUUCAUUUUUACACACA